UGAGGCUCGAUUACUCGUAUUAUCCUACAUAUUUAUUGGGGUUUCUCGUCUCUCUCUCGCAUCAUGAUUGACGGGAGAAACGACGUGGAAUCCAGAUCCAAUCCAGAUCCAGCCUACCUGUUACACGAACCCCCAGGUCCCCUACCCAGAUCCCUGAACAAUCUCUCCAUCCUACCAUUCCCAAAGGAAACAUGUCGCAUGGAAGCCGACUCGUCCCGUGCAGCGACGGAUCGCCGCUAUUCGGGGCGUGGAUGCCCCAUGCACACCUGAAGCAGCUGUACUACGGCCCUUCCUGCGUGGAGCAGCAUUUGCUCCGAACCUUGCCGUGUCCCGGCUCCCGGGUUUUUAUCGUCACCAGUCAGUCGCUCGCGACCAAGACGCCGCUCAUUCGCCAGCUCGAGACGCUCUUGGGCGAGCACCACGCGGGAACGUUCGCCGGCAUCCGACAGCACGGCGAGGCGGUGGGCGUGGACCAGGCCUUUGCCGCGGUGGUCUCGGCCCAUCCGGCCAUCGACACGAUCCUCUCGGUCGGCGGCGGCUCGGCCAUCGACGCAGCCAAGGUGGUGUCGUUCCGCAUCAGUCAGCAGCGCGGGGGCGUCUUCCUCACCCAUCUCGCCAUCCCCACCACGCUUAGCGCGGCCGAGUGCACCCCUGGUGGCGGCUUCACCCGCCCGGACGGCACGAAAGAGGGCUUCAUGGCGGCGGGCAUGGGCGUGAGCGCCAUCUUCUACGACCCUGCCUUCGCGCGAUACACGCCGCGCAGGCUGCUGCUCGGAAGUGGCAUGCGGGCCGUCGACCACGCCGUCGAAUCUGUCUACCACCCGAACGCGUCCCUCGUGCCCUGGAAAGCCAUGGCGUGCUGGGCACUCGGUGUGCUGUUUCAGUAUCUGCCGCAGGUUGCUGACCAUUUUGACAACGACCCGCAGCAGCACGGGGGGGGGAUGGAUGAUGACGCGCUCACCAUGCUGAUGCUCGCGUCAUUCGCCAGCUCCGGCUUCCGCGGUACCAACUUUGCCGGCGGCAUGGGCUUGUCCCACAGCUUGGGCCAUGCCCUGGGCAGCCCGUACGGCAUUCCCCAUGGAGAAACGAGCUGCCUAACGCUUGCCCCUGUCAUCCGACUUCUCGCGUCGGAACGGCCACCAGCCGCAUCUCAAAUCAGUCGCUUCCUGCUGCCGGCGAUUGGUCGACAACCGACAGGGGACGCCGUCCACGAUUCCGCCGACUUUGCCGCAAGCUUGGACGAGCUUGUCUUGCGUCUGGGCUUGCAGCAGCCGUCGCUGUCCGAUCGCGGCGUCGGCCGAGACCAGAUCCCGAUUAUCGUCGAGCGAGCCGUGAAAGGCCCGGAGGAGAAGGAGUUGCGAGCCGCGGUCCGACGCCUGGUUGAGGCACUGUUCUGACCGCUCUUGUCUGGGUUGUCUCUGUCAGGUGGAAGCUGGGGCAUUUGGGAGUCGGGACGCGCGCAGCCAGGUGGGCGCCAA